AUGAUUCCAGACCCAUGCAUAUACAUCCUACGGUUCGCAUCCCAACUCCAGUUCGAGGAGAAGCAGCACGAAGUGAGCAUGACCGCGCUGCGUCUGGUCCAGAGGAUGAAGAGGGACUCCAUACAUUCGGGACGUCGACCCUCCGGGAUUUGUGGGGCUGCUCUACUCAUAGCGGCUAGACUUCACAACUUCUCCCGAACCCCCUUUGAUGUGGUGCGCAUAGUAAAAGUGCACGAAAGUACGCUGCGCAAGCGCCUUUUAGAGUUCGGUGAUACGCCAUCUAGUGCUUUAACGCUCGACGAAUUUAUGACGGUAGAUUUAGAGGAGGAACAAGACCCGCCUAUAUUUAAAGCGGCGCGGAAACGAGAUAAGGAAAGGUUACAAAAGCUAAUGGAAGAAGAAGAUGGCGAGAAGGAGUUAACAGAGCUGCAGAAAGAGAUAGAAGUGCAGCUAGAGAGAGAUCACAAGAGACGGAGGAAAAUGCCGAGUGAUGCUUCCAUUCUGACACCUGGUAGUGUUGACGAUGUUAAUGAAGACGACGAGGCAAACAGAUUUACGGAAGAAAAGGCGAUCAGUAUUAUUGGAGAACUCACCAAGUCGGUCUCGAAGGAGCAGCAAGACGUUGAAGAGGGUGAUGAGGAUAGGGAAUUAGGGCCUGAAAAGGCAGUAAUCGGCGUGCCUCACCCACAGCCAGGCACAGCCAAGGCAGACCCAUUUUUAAAGCCGGAGCCGAAGAGUCAAUUCAACAGCAACAUACACGAUUCCGAAGAACUAGUACUUAGCGAUAAAGAUGAGGAGUACUUGAACUCUCUCAUCAUGACCCCGGAUGAAGCCAGGCAUAAGACGAAGAUGUGGAACAUGGUAAAUGCUGGAUAUCUUCAAGAGCAAAAAGUAAAAGAAGAACUGCGCGCCAAAGAACGGGAAGAAGGCAAAGACAAAAAGAAGAAGGUUCGGGGCUCCUAUAGGAAGAAAGGCAUUUGCAACGCGGCAACAGCUGGUGAGGCUAUAGGCAAGAUGCUGGCUGAAAGAAAAAUGAGCUCCAAGAUCAAUUACGAUAUUCUCAAGAGCUUGGACCAGCCAGGGGCGUCUAUACCGGCUGCGGCUACUGAUGAAGCCAAAUCUCCUGUUAAGAGUGAUAGUUCCAAACCAGAGGUGGCAUCAGAGAGUAAAAUACCCGGUCCUCCUGCUCCCAAAAAACGUAAGAAAAAGGCAACACCGAAUCUUGCAUCCAACAGUACAGCAGAGUCUAAAGAGACCACUCCCGUACCAAGCCCCGCCCCUGCGACGCCUGUACCUAGCACGCCUACGCAGAAGGAAAUAGAAGUGCAAGACUACGAUGACGAUUUGGAGGGCGAGGUUGAUGCAGUCGAGAACGACACUGAACUGUCUUUAGCCGCCAUGUUGCAGAAUCAACAAGAAGACGACUAUUAUGGUUAUGAUGAAUAUUAA